UCAGCAUAACAACAAAAAUCAAAAGCGGCGUGUUAUCACAAAAAAACUAAAAGCUACAGUAAAGCGAAAUCAUUAGCCGGCGAAGAAGAAGAAGGCCAGAAGUGAAAGAGAGCAGCAGUACAUAACGUAAACCGAAAAAACGAACGGAACACCGAACCGCGAACUGAUCCCUCGCCCCCUGUCUCUCUCCGUGCUCUCGCUCUCUCCGCAAAUGCAGAAGACCGAAGCGUAACCCCAUCCCAUCGGUCAUCGGUCAUCGGCGGUCGGUCGAUCGCAGUGUGUUUCCCAUUCAUUCAAAAUUCUACUCAGAAAAAUUGGUAGACAUAGAAAUUUGGUAAGAAGACGCUACCGGACGGAACCUUCUUACCAAAUGAUUUCCCUUCUGCAAAUGAAAUUCCAUGCACUUUUGUUGCUGCUAUCAAAAGUCUGGACAUGCAUCUGUUUCAUGUUCAAUCGCCAAGUGCGAGCUUUUAUCCAGUAUCAACCGGUUAAAUAUGAAUUGUUCCCGCUGUCUCCGGUAUCGCGGCAUCGGCUCAGUCUGGUGCAGCGAAAAACUCUGGUCCUGGAUCUGGACGAAACCCUGAUACACUCACAUCACAAUGCGAUGCCCAGGAAUACAGUGAAGCCGGGUACACCGCACGACUUCACCGUCAAGGUGACCAUCGAUCGGAAUCCAGUGCGCUUCUUUGUGCACAAGCGGCCGCAUGUGGACUACUUUCUGGAUGUAGUCUCACAAUGGUAUGAUCUGGUGGUAUUCACCGCCAGCAUGGAGAUCUAUGGAGCUGCUGUGGCGGAUAAGCUGGACAAUGGUCGGAACAUAUUGAGGAGGCGCUACUACAGACAACACUGUACGCCCGACUAUGGAUCGUAUACCAAAGACUUGUCUGCCAUAUGCAGUGAUUUGAAUAGGAUAUUUAUAAUUGACAAUUCCCCGGGGGCAUAUCGCUGCUUCCCCAACAAUGCCAUACCCAUCAAGAGUUGGUUCUCGGAUCCCAUGGACACGGCACUGCUGUCGCUGCUGCCCAUGCUGGACGCACUGCGCUUCACAAACGAUGUGCGAUCGGUGCUGUCGCGUAAUCUGCAUCUGCACCGCCUGUGGUAGCAGGUGGGAUCUAGCCUAGAACUAGCCCUAGCAGCCCUAGACCUAGCCCUAGUGUGUAGUAGUCUAUGAGGAUCAGAGAAAGCGCGAGAACGUAAGAGAGAAAAUCUUCUGAAAUUAACAACAACAACAACAAAUGGUGGUGCUGUGACACAUUAACGAAUUUUUUCAUUAUUAAAAAUUGUGUUUUUGUUUUGUA